GCGUCGCUUUCGUUUCUCGAAACGUACUGUACCUUGGUUGUGCGACGAUCUCGGCCCCGUCAUCGUGUGCCAACGAACCAGUGGGAUUUAAACAGAGCGGAAGGCGUUGUGCGCGCUGAGAUUUUUUGCGAUCGGAUGCUUCCAGCGAGCUGUCGGCUGCGAGGAAUUCAGCGGCCUGUCGCAGUCGUCCGUCAGGAACACGCCAUUACUGUCGUUCGCGGGCAAAAACGGUGGGUGGCCUUUUCCGGAGACCACAGACGCGAAGAGCGAACAAAGGCGGCGUUCGCGCGGCUCGGGCAGAUUCCCGUUGUGGUCGGGUGCGUGGAUGGUACGCUCAUCGCAAUCCCGAAGCCCCAUGGCCUGAGCUCCGCGGACACGACGCAUUACAUGUCGGGGAAGGGACUCUACGCAUUCAACACCAUGAUCACAUGUGAUGCCGACCUCUGGAUGUCAGUCCAUGUUUCCUGGGGUCAUGUCAUGACUCGUGGGUAUGGCGGGGGAGCCCUCUCCGUCAGCACCUGGAAGCAAAACUUCGGCUUGCUUGGAGACUCCAGCUAUACAUUAGAACCGUGGCUCCUGACACCAGUGCCCGGACGACCAGCUCGUGGCACCCCUGAUAACCACUACAACAAGGCCCACACCGCCAUGCGCAAUGUUGUGGAGUGGUGCAUCGCUGUAAGCUUGUGCAGAGCUGCUCAAGCAUGA